AUGGCAACACACAUUUUAUUCGAAACCGCCACCGGUUUCCAUAUUUUCCAAUUAUCAGGUAUGGAAUCAAUUGCUGAAUUUAAUGGUCAAGUUCAAAAAUCAAUGAAUGAUUUCAGCAAAUUUAGCAAAAUCUGUAAAAUGAUUGGUUCACUCCCAUUCACUUCAGCUGAAAAUGCUUUAGAAAAUAUCAACUCUGUCUCUGAAGGUAUUUUAACAGAAUCACUCCACGACUUUUUAAAACAAACUUUUUCAAAAAAAACUGAAGGUGUUAUUCUUGGUGUCUCUGAAAAUAAAUUAUCAGCCUCAAUUGGUGAUGAAUUAAAAAUCAGUUGUUUAGCUAAUAGUCACACUGCUGAAAUUAUUAGAUGUAUUAGAAACCACAUUUCUCAAUAUACUAAAUUAAAAGAUACAGAUUUAAUUAAAGCUCAAUUAGGUCUUGGUCAUUCAUAUUCUAGAUCUAAAGUUAAAUUCAACGUUCACAAAGUCGAUAACAUGGUUAUUCAAUCAAUUUGUUUAUUAGAACAAUUAGAUAAAGAUUUAAAUACAUUCCACAUGAGAGUUAGAGAAUGGUACUCAUGGCAUUUCCCAGAAUUAUUAAGAAUUGUUGAAGAAAACAUUCACUUUGCUAAAUUAGCCAAGUUAAUUCAAAACAAAGCAAAUCUUACUGUCGAACAAUUACCAGAAAUUCAAGAAAUCGUUGAUAACAAUGAAUCUAAAGCCAAGGAAAUUCUUAAUGCCGCUAAAGCUUCAAUGGGUGGUGAUAUCUCUCCAAUCGAUUUAGAAACCGUUAUGAACUUUGCUGAUCGUGUUAUCUCAUUAGAUGAAUACCGUGGUAAAUUAGUUUCAUACCUCAACAAAAAAAUGAAUGAUAUUGCUCCAAAUCUUGCUGCUUUAGUUGGUGACCGUAUUGGUGCUAAAUUAAUUUCACGUGCUGGUUCAUUAACCAAUCUCGCCAAAUACCCAGCUUCAACUGUUCAAAUUCUUGGUGCUGAAAAAGCUCUCUUCCGUGCUAUGAAAGUUCGUGGUAAGACUCCAAAAUAUGGUAUCAUUUAUAACACUAGUUUCAUUAUGAACAGUCAAAAGAAUAAAGGUAGAAUUGCUCGUUGUCUUUCAAAUAAAAUUUCAAUUGCUUCAAGAAUCGAUUGUUUCAGUGAAAAUGGUUCAACUAAAUUCGGUGUUGCUCUUAAAAAUCAAGUUGAAGAUAGAAUCAAAUUCUUUAACAGUGGUGUUGCUCCAAAGAGAAAUUUAGAUGUCAUGAGAGAAGUCAUUGAAGAAGUUGAAAAAGAUUUUGCUGAAGAAGAAGUUAAACCAGUCGUCAAAGAAUCAUCAAGCAAAAAGAGAAAAGAAUCUGACUCUGUUGAAGAAAAAUCAUCAUCAAAGAAAUCAAAGAAGGAAGACAAAAAAGAUAAAAAAGAUGAAGACGCCAUGAAAGUUGAUACUAAAGAAGAAAAAUCAUCAAAGAAAGACAAAAAGAAAGAAGAAAAGAAAGAAGAAAAGAAAGAAGAUAAAAAAGAAAAGAAAGAAGAAAAGAAAGAAAAAAAAGAAAAGAAGGAAGAUAAAAAAGAAAAGAAAGAAGAUAAAAAAGAAAAGAAAGAAUCAUCAAAAAAAGAUAAAAAGAAAUAA